GUGAAUCACGGCCCUCGUCCUCGUGCUCCGUUCUUGUUUACUGAUUACUGUUGCAUGGACCCUGACAAUGGUCGAGGACAAGCCUUCCUUCUCCUUUCCUCCUCCCUAUUUAUCACCCUCUUCCCUCUCUCGCCAUCGCCACAUCCACUGCGAGCAUUCCUUUUUUCCUUUUUGGAUUCUGUUUGUCUUCUCUGUAAUGGGAAACCUCAGGUUUCGGCUCUCAGACAUUUUGCCGAACACUUGGCUGAAAAGGAUGAAGGACAUGGGUCACCGGGGAAGACAGUCUUCGAGAGCGGCGGUGGCAAAGCCUGCCGCGCCGCUUGAGAGGAAGCUGCUUCCCAAUAGAGCGUCUUGCUACUACUCCAGCAGGCCAGAGGGCGAAAGAUUGUCCUUCUCGUCCAAGCACCGCAAGGCCUCGGACUCGCCCUUCCCCGUUGAGCCUCACCGGAACUCGAGGAAGAAGAAGCCCCUCCGCGCUUCGGUUGUGAAGCCCGGGUCGGUCGCUUCCUCUGUCUGCCGCUCUAGGGAAUUGAAGACGGAUGAAUCGUUGCCGCCGGCGAAGUCGCCGUCGGAGACGUGGACGCGUCGGCGUGACUGCUUCGUGGAGUUCGAGUCCGACGACGUGGAGUCGUGGUUGAACUCUGGAAGCUGCGGGUUUACGUCCUCCGCCACGGACCUGGACUCCAGCAAGAACUCUAAGCUGGAUGAGUUCGAGCUCGACUCGGUCUCGGAGCUCAAACUCCCUCCGAUCUCGACGAAGAGAUCGCCCAAAGAAGUCGAAUUCGAGGACAAGAUCGUGGAUGGCAACUCGUGGAAGGAUCAAAAUCUAAUCUUGGUGAAGGAGAAGAGCACGAGCGAGAAACCAAGCCAUGGGAAGGUGGGCUCUCCCUGCCGCCGCCGCCGCCUCCGGACUCGAGCCAACUCGCCGCGAUUCUCUAGCCAAAAGGUCCACCGCCAGCUUCCCGCGGCCACAGCGCAGAAGAGGAAGGGACUUCCGGCGGGGGGCGUCGCCGUGGUAAAGUGCUCGUCGGACCCGCAGAGGGACUUCCGGGAGUCGAUGGCGGAGAUGAUCGCGGAGAACAACAUCCGGUCGUCGGAGGAUUUAGAGGAGCUGCUUGCUUGCUAUCUCUUUCUCAACUCCAGCGAGCAUCACGACGUCGUCGUCAGGGCCUUCCGCCAGAUUUGGUUCCAAUCUCACUGACACGAUCUAACUGUAAAAUUCCCAUCAGUGACUCCUGUAAAUAAUGUUUGAUUACAAUAAUUCUCCAAGUAUUGGAUCGAAUACUGCAGUAACUUGAUAGAUUCCAAUUGUAUCUAAAAGGAAUCUAGCAAAAAAAAAAAAAAGUAGAGAAUUGAAACU